UCUGCAUUCCGCUCCGUGUUAAACCGCUAUGAGUCAUAACCUAAAAUAUUUCUGUUAUUGCCUUAGUAACACGAAAUUAAAAAUGUGUUGUGUGCUCGUGUGUCUGAAACGAUACUUUAUUUAAUUUACCUGACCGUAUGGAAACCUGAAUCAGACUCCAGUUUUCAAAUAUCGCAUCAAUGCGUGCAUGUACUGCCCCCCCUCCGCGCUAAUAACGCAGCUCUCCAGUCUAGAUAUGUGUGUGAGGCAUGAACAGGAAAGCACUAAAAUCACAGCAGGCGGUGGUGCUGAGCAGUCUCUGCCGAAGGAGAAGGGACUGAGCAAAGCCUGUGUGGAUGUUGGCCGGGUUCAGGAGCGCGGCAGGAUGGCGUCCACAGGCACGCAGAUCUUCGCCUUCGUGCUGGCAUUGCUAGGCAUCCUCGGUGCCACGGUGGCCACGUUACUGCCCAACUGGAAGGUGAGCGCGGAUGUUGGUUCGAACAUCAUCACGGCCAUCUCGCAGAUGCAGGGUCUGUGGAUGGACUGCACCUGGUACAGCACUGGCAUGUUCAGCUGUACGCUUAAAUACUCAGUGCUGGCGCUGCCCGCGUACCUGCAGACGGCACGCACCACCAUGGUGCUUUCAUGCGUGUUGGCAGCACUGGGGUUGUGUUUGGCCUCUCUGGGUUUGAAGUGCACUCGGUGGGGUGGAGGACGCCGGGCUAAACGCCACGCUGCCAUGGCGGCCGGCUCAUGCUUUCUGGCCUCGGGCUUCCUCUGCCUCGUUCCUGCCUCCUGGUACACAAAUGAGGUUAUAGUCAGUUUCCUAGACGCCAAUGUGCCGGAAAGCAACAAGUUUGAGCCGGGCGGUGCCGUCUAUGUAGCCUUCAUCUCGUCUGGUUUCCUUUUCGUGGGGGGAUCCAUUUUCUGUCUGUCCUGCUCGGGUAAGCGACACGGCCCACAGGAUUUGAUACUUCUCCCUCCAGACAAACUCCUCUUGCAGCAGCAACAGCAACUUCUGCAACAACAGCAGCAACAGGAGCAGCUCCAGCACCAGUACUGUUCUCUCUCACCGCUGGAUAACAAGACUGGAUACAGCCUGCAGGACUACGUGUAAGAGACCAACCGUUCAAGAGCAAGACAAGUGCAAUGCACUGCCACUCCACCUCUUGGCUCUUGUGAUUACAAAAUGAAAGGGCGAGAGGGACCCUUUUCCUUUCCUUUCCACCGCUCUCCUUUUUAAGAUCAGCAAGCACAAAUGGUGGAAGUAUUCCCUGAAGCGUCGUCUUGAAACGGACAGAUUGUGAAUACUGAGGGGCGAGUGGCAGAAACGCUGCAGUAGCACACGAAAGUAGUGUGAAAGACUGAGCAAGAUGAUAAUAAAUGCACAUAUCCAGCAUCACAGUAAAUCUUAUUAAAGUGUUCCUCUGGGAAAGGAUUAGCAACAAGGAAAUGUUUAUGCUACUUAUAAAUCCCCAACUCCCCCCCCCCCUUCCCAAAGAUCUGAACUCAGAAGGAAUCGUUUAGCUGCUAACAAUCGUUUGGUAACCUCUGUUUAAAAGUAAGAUGGCAAUAUGUCUCUAAGAGGCAAUAGUAUGGGAGAGCCCGUUUGGGAGAUUCUUUGCUUUUCUUUUUACUUGAGUAAUGGUUGUGUUAAUGAAAUCUCUUGUCUUAUUUUGGUAGCUGAUAGGAUGAUUGAUAUUCUGCCUAAGCAUGCUUUCUGGAGCCUGUGCAUAAUGCAGUGGAAUGCCUGAUGUAGACUGAAUUGUAGCCAUAUAGCCUGUGCCUAAAGAGCUGUAGUUCAUAAACCGCUGAAACUGUUUGGAGACAGUAGGAGGAGAGAGUGAACAGGGGUUGCUGGGUCAGGCAUGUUUGGGAAACCCAUAUGGAGGCUGAGAGGAGACUGGCCCUUCUUACGUCAAAUGGACAAUGUAAUGUUGUUCUGUUCAACAUUUUAAUACUUUGCCCCAAACAAAAGCAAGCUGCCUUCAGCUCAGCGCAUGCUGUUUGCCGUUCUAUCACACACACACACACACACACACUCAUACACAUACAGUGCUGCAUGUGUGCUUUUUACUCAUGCUGCUACUCACUGCCAUGGAAAUGGGAUUUUACACCCAGAUACUUGUAUUGUCUAGGGGUCGUAUCUCUCUGCACACUCGGAGGCUCCCGGAGGCUGUCAUGAAUCUCUCCAGAUAACAGCAGGGGGU